ACAACGACUUGAAAAUCAGUACCAGUAGCAACAGUAGCACGCCGUGACGCAUAAUUUUCUACUUGGUAUACAAGCCAGUUAUUUUCGUUAUUUCAAGGCUCAUUUUGGGGACAACUCUAUAUGCUAAUAAUGUGUUAGCUGCUUCGCUGUACGAAUUUCAUAUAAAAGUCGGGGGUUUGUUGACAAUUGACAUCACAAUUUACAAACCUCUUCGAUUAUAAAGAAGUCUAUUCUUCAGCAAAAACCAAAACCUACAAAAUGUUCAAGUUGUUCGCUGUCUGCUUCCUUGCUCUCUUCGCUGUUGUCUUCGGUGCUGCUAAGCCCAGUCUGUUGGCUGCACCUGCCGCUCUUGCGUACUCCGCUCCAGUUGCCGCUGCUUAUGCAGCUCCAGUCGGUGCUCCUUUAGCUGCCGCUUAUGCUACUCCCGUAGCCGCUCCUUUAGCCGCUGCCUACGCUGCUCCAGUGGCUGCUGCUUACCACGCCGGCUAUGCUGGUUACGUUGCCCCAUACGCCAGCAGCUACUCAGCACACUCUAUUGCUCACUCCGCCGCUUUCCCAGCUGCUUAUGCUGCUGCCCCAGUUGUCGCUGCCGCUCCCGCCGUUGCUGUGCUGAAGAAAUAGAUAUUUGCAAUGCGGAUAACAGUCCUACUUACAUAUUUUCUAAGCUGUGAUAAGCAGUUCGAUUACGAACAGGAAUAAAUUAAAUUGCAGACUUUAUAAAAGUUGCCGAAAAA